CCGAUGAAAAUAGGGACGCCCAGAGGAAAAGUGGGACGUUCCAGAACCAAAUCAGAAAGCGGGAUGGCUUCUGUAAAUCCGGGACUGUCCCUGGAAAACAGGGACACUUGGAGGGUCUGCGAAACGUUUCCCUUGAGCAUGCCAAGAGCGCCUUUCCCGCCCCCGCGUGCCUUAGGCGCCCUCUCCUCUGGGAUUAGCAAAGCCCGAGCUGCAGGCUUCUAAUUUUAGAAAUUAAACCGGGAGCGGGCGGAGUGGAGGCGGUGGAGGAAGCGGAGGCAGUGGCGGCCCGACGGGGACGCACAGACGGGCGGAGGUGGCUGCUUGCUCUGCGGCCGCCAGAGGGCUCUUGCGGCGGCUGCUCGGCUCUCCUCAUCGGCUCAGGCCUGGGUUGCGCUUCCUAGGUCAGGGUCUGCAGCUGCUUCCUCCAUUGCGAGCCCGGAGAAGUCGGCGCGUCGCUUGGAGAGGGAAGGCGCCUUUUGCGCACGCCGCGCUCCGGAGAAGCCACCCGGGGACCCCCAGAGCCGCGCCUGGUGGGCGCUGGGGGGUGACCCCCACCCGUGCGGUGGAGGCAAGCCGGGGAGCCUCCCUCCGAGGGGGCUCCCGCGCGUGUGACCCCCGAAGGCGACGCGGUUUGUUGCUGCCACUCCGGACCCCCUUUGACUUGGGCACCCAAGGAAGGAGAGUCUCCCACUGGCAGGUACAGGGAGCCACACAGAAGAGGCUACAGUGCCAUGGAAGGUGUUUUGCAAAGCCCGUUCCUCUGAAAGCCCUGCAAGAUGCUGACCCCCAAUCCCGAGUGCAGCCAGCCCCGCGAGAGCAACAACAAGACUAGAGGAGGGGAAGAGGCGAUGCCUCGCACCCGGCCCGCCGCGAAAGCCGUCCAAGGCAUUCGCAAACGCAAGGACUUUGUGGUGUGCCAGCAGGGCGCUCCGGCGGAGGAGAAGCCCAACAUCUGCAUCGAGUGCGGGAAGACCUUCAGCCAGAACUCCAGCCUGGUCAACCACCGGCGCACGCACUCCGACGAGAAGCCGUACAAAUGCCCCGACUGCGGGAAAAGCUUUGGGGUGAGCUCCAGCCUCAACCGGCACCAGCGGAUCCACACGGGCGAGAAGCCCUACAAGUGCGGCGAGUGCGGCAAGCGGUUCAACGACAAGUCCAACCUGACGCAGCACCAGCGCAUCCACACGGGCGAGAAGCCCUACAAAUGCAUCGACUGCGGCAAGAGCUUCAGCCGCAGCUCCCACAAAAAGCACCACCUGCGCCACCCGCCGGGGAAGAAGCUGGGCAAGGGGGGUGCCGCCGUGCAGGCGGACGGGGCCUGCGCAGCCAGUGCCAAGCCCAAGCCCAGGAGGAAGCCGGAGGUGCUGAACACCUGCACCGAGUGCUGGCAGAGCUUCAGCCAGAACGCCGACCUCAUCAAACACAUGCGCAUCCACACCGGCGAGAAGCCCUACCAGUGCAGCGUCUGCGAGAAGAGCUUCAGCGUCAGCUCCAACCUCUUCCGGCACCAGCGGAUCCACACGGGCGAGAAGCCCUACGUGUGCUCCAGCUGCGGGAAGAGGUUCACCGACAAAUCUACCUUGGUGCAGCACCAGAGGAUCCACACCGGGGAGAAACCGUAUGCUUGCCGGUUUUGCGGCAAGAGCUUCAGCCACAGCUCCCACCACAAGAGACACGAGAAGAUCCACAAGGCGGACUACCCCAUACUGGCCUAUUCAACCCCGCUGAGCUAGCAGGUUGCCAGAGGGCAGAGCUUUCCAAACCGCACGUUAAGUGU